AUGGUAAUAAUAAACGAAACAAUAGCAGACAAUUCGUCGGAAGAACAUGACGCUCCAUUAUUUGCUGGUCAGGUCUUACUUAUAUUUUACUGUUUAAUUUUUAUUUUUGGUUUUAUAGGUAAUUCCAUGGUUAUUUAUGUAGCUAUUCGAAAGAAAAAUUAUAGAAAUGUAACCAAUUGUUAUGUUAUUAAUUUGGCUAUAGCUGAUCUUUUAUUUUUAACACUUUCAAUACCGUACACAACAUAUUUAGGUGUGAAAAAUUCAUAUCCAUUUGGUAAUAUUGUAUGCAAAAUCUAUACAUAUCUUGCUUAUGGAUUUUUACAAGCUACUUGUAAUAUAUUAGCUAUGAUGAGUAUUGAUCGAUUUUUAUAUAUUGUUCGACCAAAAUCAAAACUUAGAUGGCGUACACCACAUAAUGCUUUUAUAAUUUGUAUUAUCAUUUGGGCUUGCUCUUUAAUUCUCAUUAUUCCUUACCAUGUAGUAUCACGUGUAUUAACAUCAGCUUCUAUCGCUUGUGGAAUGGCUGAACAUGAAAAUUUGAUUGUUUGCUUAUUUCCAUUUUGUUCCUAUUAUGCCAUACCCCUUAUUGUGAUUAUUGUAUGUUAUACGAAUUUGGCACUACAUGUGAUAAGAACAAGUCGAAAAAUGGCUGAUAUUGUGAAUACUAAAAGCUUUCAUCAAACAGUACAAUUGAAACAACGACGAGUAACACGAAUGUAUUUACCUGUUAGUGAAGCAAAAAAAGAAAUGAUCAAUUCAUGUGUAAAAUGGCGUGAUAAAGUUAUUGUUGUAACAUUAGCAUUUGCUAUUUGUUGGUUACCAAUACAUAUUCUUGAAUUAAUGAAAUGUGGUAAUCCACAACUUCUUAAUUCUCUUAUUCAAUUAUAUCCUAAAGUUCUUUAUUCAAUACGUGGAUUUACACACGCAUUAGCGUAUCUUAAUUCUUGUUUAAAUCCUUAUUUAUAUGCAUUAUUAAAUCGUAAUUUCUGUAUUGAUCUUGCUGAUAUAGUACCAUCAUGGAUGUCAUGUAGUAAGAAAUUAGUUACAAUUGAAAAUGAACAUUUUAAUAAUGACCCACAAUUGUCAAGAGCAAUAUUAUCAGGAAAUCAAAUUUUUAUUUCAAAAAAAUAUCAUGAUCAUGAUGAAGAUGAUACAGAUUAUUAUGAACAAAAUCAAACAACAAAUGAUGCUAGUUGUCAAGUUGAAUUACAUUAA